AUUGAUUUGAAAGAGCAUGAAUGAUUUGCAAAACAGAUAAUAUUGUGCAAUAUAGAUAUUGUGCGUAAUUUACAUUUAUUUGAGCAAUAUUAUCAAAUUUUUAAAAUAAAAUAGAAAUAAAUAGAAAAAAAAUAAAAUAAACGCAGUCAUUGUUAAAUAUAAAUGAAUGACAAAAGAUAGCAGGUUAACGGAUGUUUUACUUUCAGUGUAAUUUGUAGCCGCGACGCUUUGCGUCGUUUCUCAGCGACAUGGUUGUAGAGCUUACAGUUGCUUGGAUACGAGUUUGUUGAUACUAGUUGAGUGAAAAAAAAAAACGAGUACAUCCAUCAAAAUCGUUCACUUUUCGGCAUCUGCAGCGAGGAAAAAGUAGUUUCUUUUGGCAUGAUAUUUCGAUUUUACAUUUGCGAUAAUGGAAACUAGAAAGUUGAAGAGAAACGGCAACGACCGUACGGAUCCGAAAAAAUGUUCUGGAGCUGGCGAGAAGUCGGCUUCGAGAAAAAAGCUACAAAAAGAGCUAGAAGCUUCCAUUGCAGAGAUCAAUUCCCUGAAAGCGAAACUCCAAGAAAUGGAAAACAGCGUAAAUCUCGGUUCGCCAUCGGUAACGGAAUUCGAAGAGCAUUUUCCGCAAGCUCAGUCCAGCGCAAUUCGCACCGAGCGGCCCGCUACUGCAAGUGAAUCAUUGAUGAUGGCUUCGGUAACGAACCUCUCAAUGAGUACGCUGAAUGUGCCGGAGUGUAAACCCUCUGAAGGAGAAUUCGAAGUGGACAAACAAGCAUACCUGCGCUGGAAGGAGAUUUUAGACACAUCACUGAACCUAAUCAGCACUACCGAUGAGCGGACGAAAAUGGGGAUUUUUAAAAUCAAGGCUGGAGCAGGACUGCUGGAGAUCUUCAAUGGUACGGUUUCGGAACCGAGCAUGCCAGAUGAAAAGACAGCCCCGUAUUCGAAUGCCAUCGCUCGUCUUGACAACUAUUACGGGUCAAGAGCAUACCUACUAUCCCAACGAAGCAAAAUGAUGAACAUAAUCCAGUCGCCAGAUGAAGAGAACAUCCCAUUCGUACGUCGUAUCGGUGUAGCUGCCAAGUUGUGUGAGUACAGUAAUGAUGAGGAGAUGGAGGCGAUUACAAGAACUAUCACGAAGAGAACCAAUGAUAGUGCCGUGCGUUCUCUAGCAUAUCGGAAUUGGACCAAACAGGGAUCUAUGAAAGAUCUCAUUGAUAUGGUUCGAGACAGUGAGAUCGAGAAGCUCAACGAAGCAGAAUUCCAACGUAAACAAAUAGCACUGCAACCCGCCGUUGUUGCCGCAGUUUCACAUCAGGGAACCAGUUACACGCAACACACUCGUGGCCGCGAUGCUUACCAACAAUUUCGCGGCAACGGGAGAGGACGGUUUGAGCCACGUGGUCAGGAUGCGUCACGUACAAAAUUUUGCUGGAGGUGCAGAAGUGUUUUUCAUUCCCCACUACAAUGUCCUGUUUCUGACAAAGUGUGCCGAGUAUGCAAUCGCGUAGGGCAUAUUGCUCGCGCAUGUACGGAACGUUUUAUCCAAAACAGAUCUGGACAGAAGCGCUCGAGUGACACUAGUGACGAUCAACCGCCACGGAAGAUAGCGGUACUGGCGAAAAUGGAGAAUGAAGCCCAGGAAGCGACACAAGCGAUGACACAGGUACAGGAUUCAGCUAAAGAUGAAUAAUUUUGAUAAAUUAUAUAA